AACACCCCAAUGAGUUCACUUUUGUUUUCAUUCGAGUGUCUGCCUAUCUAGAUAAGGAAAAGAGCGUCUCCGGAGCUCUGAAGUAAAGUUGCAUUUUUCGUGGUUCAACUCUUUGUGUUACAGUACCGAAAGAAGUGAGCCCACAAGAUGAAGUUACUAGCAUUAGUGCUGGCGUCACUGAUCGCCAUCUGCCUAGCCGAACCAAAGCCUGCCAUCAACGAAGUCAAAUCGAAUCAGCCACAGCAGAAGCCGGGUCGAUUCCUAUCACUGCCGGUGCCGGAUAAAUGCGCGUCACGUCCCAAGGCAUUCAAUUAUCGCGGUCACAACUACUUCUACAGUGGGCACGUACCCGCCCUGGCCGAUAAGCGAGUUGACUGGCUGGACGGUCGCAAUAUCUGUCGCGAGUAUUGCAUGGAUCUGGUUUCGCUGGAAACCCAGGAAGAAAACAAUCUAAUCUUCCGUUUGAUUCAGCAAAACGACAUUCCGUACAUCUGGACGGCCGGUCGAUUGUGUGAUUUCAAGGGCUGCGAAAACCGUCCGGAUCUGGAACCGAAGAACAUUUACGGAUGGUUCUGGUCCAACAACCGCGAAAAGAUCCAAGCUACCAACAAAAUCCCCAACGGCUGGGGCUAUAACCCAUGGAGUAAAUCGGGACACAAGAAGAUACCCCAACCGGACAACGCCGAGUUUGACAUCAACCAGACGACCGAAUCAUGCCUGUCGGUCCUGAAUAACGUGUACAACGAUGGUAUCGGAUGGCAUGAUGUUGCGUGUUAUCACGAGAAACCAGUCGUGUGUGAGGAUUCUGAAGAACUACUGAAUUACGUGGCGGCCACAAAUCCAGGAAUUCGCCUGUAAUUUCACACAGAGAAGAAGAAGUAUUACUAAGGAUGAGAACGUCUCCUCGAAUAGAAAUCACCAUAAAACUAAGUAAAAUUCAUUGCCAAGCUUUCGUAUUACCCGAAAUAGUCCAAACCAAGCAACUUCCCAUGGUACAAGCAAUGCACUACAAAUUAAAUCUACACGCUUGAUGGACUAAACGCUACCCUUAUUCUUAAGUCAAGCAAGCGCGUCAUCGGAGACCGAAAUAAUCGAAGCAGAAAUGUCGACGCACAGCAUAUUGCAGCACAGCACACUACCAACACUGCAGUAUGUUUUCCAAAUGUAUAUUUAUUUUAUAUAUAGAGUUUUUUUAAAUAUUUUCUCCGUGUAACUUCCAUGAGACUUGAAAUGCUGAAAAUAAAUAAAGCAAAAUUUGAAAUAAACGUGCAAACAAGCGAAAUUAUUACCAACUAGAAA